GUUUAACGUUACAUUGGCUUAACGUCUUCAGUGCUGAUAGAAAACUGAGCCCACGUUCAACGAUAAUAAUACACACGCAAUUGUUUACAUGCUAGCUAACUAACAAUACUAACGUUACGCGUGUGGCAUCAAUCAGUUUUUACCACAUUAUUAGGCAAAUUGGCACUACGUUAUUGUAUAAAAUGUAACCGUAAAUUAAGAAAUCCAGGCAUUUUAUAACCCAUCAGGAUGAAUACACAGUUUAACUAACUGCUAUUCCAAAUGGGGUUUAUAGCGUUAAUUAGCCAACUAGCUACGUGACGUUAGCUCCGAGCAUUGACAGGUCGGCAGGCAAGCGAAACCCUGCGUGCUGUGUCCACUGCACUGCCCUCUUCACACCAUUCAGUGAGACAGGACGGAUAGCAGUGAAAGAGAAAGAAAGACCAGAGGAAAACAAGGCGAUGACAACACUACAAGACACGGAAGAUGCCAGUGAAACAGAUCUUGCCAAGCACGACGAGGAUGACUAUGUUGAAAUCAAAGAGCAAAUGUACCAAGACAAACUGGCCUCUCUGAAAAGACAGUUGCAGCAAUUACAAGAAGGUACACUGCAGGAGUAUCAGAAGAGGAUGAAGAAGCUGGACCAGCAGUACAAAGAGAGACUCCGAAAUGCAGAUCUGUUUCUCCAGCUUGAGACAGACCAGGUGGAGAGGAACUACAUCAAGGAGAAGAAGGCAGCGGUGAAGGAGUUUGACGAUAAAAAGGUUGAACUGAAGGAAAACCUAAUUGCAGAGUUGGAGGAGAAGAAGAAGAUGAUCGAGAAUGAAAAAUUAACAAUGGAGUUGACAGGCGAUUCAAUGGAGGUAAAACCUAUCAUGACUCGGAAGCUGAGGAGACGGCCCAAUGAUCCAGUCCCAAUACCAGAUAAACGGAGAAAACCUGCACCAGCUCAGCUAAAUUAUUUGUUAACAGAUGAACAGAUAAUGGAAGAUCUAAGAACACUUAAUAAGCUCAAGUCACCAAAACGGCCGGUGUCUCCCUCGUCUCCAGAGCACGUCCCCUCCGCUCCCAUGGAGAACCCCUCCCAGCGGUAUGAGGCCCGAAUCGAGGAGGGGAAGCUUUACUACGACAAAAGAUGGUACCACAAGAGCCAGGCCAUCUAUCUGGAGUCAAAGGACAACACAAAGAUUAGCUGUGUCAUCAGCUCAGUUGGGACCAAUGAGAUUUGGGUGAGGAAGACGAGCGACAGUACAAAGAUGAGGAUCUACCUGGGACAGCUGCAGAGGGGAGCGUUUGUCAUCCGUCGACGGUCGGCUGCGUGAAACAUUACCCCACCCAUCCCCUCCCCACCCAACCCCCAUCUGUUCAUCUAUCCAUUCAUUCACCGGCUCCUUCAUCCUCUAUUUCUCUAUUUGGUGCAUCUCAAUUGAGUUAUUCUUCAUCAUAUACACUACCCCCCCCCCAAUUAUAGAAGCAUACACAGACACACACACACACACACACACACACACACACACACACGCAGUCUUCCGUGGCCAAAAAUAACUCAUCUGAUUUGAUCUGUUUGAUCUGGUACAGUAAAAGGGGUCAUAUACGCAACUGACUGUUUUCCAGCAUUAUUUGUCACUAUGUGGCAUGUGUGUGUGUGUGCAGGUAGUUUGUGAUCAUAAAGGAGCCUUCUUUGAUUUGUGUCUCGUGCUGUAAACAGAAAUCCUUUCUACACCAUGCAGUCUUAUUUUACAUUUAUCAUUAAGUUAUUUUUCUUCAACAGCAUCAUGUCGCCCCACAGAAACUGUCUUCAAGCCUUUGUAACUGUCUCACUGGCGACAUGUAACGAAGCAAGCACUGAAAAACAGAUGAGGAAUUGCUUUAGGUUUUGGCUGAUUAUCAUGAAUCCCAUGACUGAAGGAAGUUACCGUUUCCUUAUACCUGGAGUCAUGCCAUUUUCAAAAGAACAUGCCUUCUGUCACGGUCAUCAAGUAAUGGCUGCUUGCUGUGCUGAAGGUUUGUCCUAAUAACAUGUUCAAAAGUCCUAUCUAUUAAACUCUAAAUUUCUUAUUUGAAAAAAAAUAAAUGUAUUUUGAGGUUUUAUGUUAUUUCUUUGCCUUUUAUGUGGUCCUCUCCAUGUAAUUCAAUUGCAUUUGCAUGUGGAGCACUAAGUUUACUGUUGAUGUGUACUGUAUUCCAUUUUAUUAAAAAUGUUUUCUGCAUUUUA